CGGAAAUGAAUUAUUAAAUAAACUAUACAAUGUUAAUUUAAAGUUCAUUGCUCUAUAAGAUUUCAGCUGACAAGGACUCUACCUCUACAUACAACAAAAAAAAUGUACACCAUAUGUUUUGCUGUCACACUGGUAUGUAUUGGUGUAACACACGCAAGUGUCUGCUGCUUUCCAAAGCAGUAUGAAGCUAACCAAGGGUUAAUGAAAGCAACCGUUAAAAAUGGACAACUCUUGAUUUUAUAUGGUAAUUUACACUACUGGUUUGACGGUGUAAGUAGGAGAGAAGUAUUCAUCGAAGACCUUACAGUUGAUGGUUAUAACACCAGGGUCACUGUCCUCAAAGAUUACAAUGUAACGAAUACAAAGUAUGUGAUAUCAGGGAAUCACUGCACACAGAAGUCAUUGACGCCGUUCAAGGAGGGCUGUAUUCCAGAUUGGGCAACAAAACUCACAUCCUCAAGCUAUGGUCUGAAAAACUCCGGCAUGAACUUCAGUGUGUACAACAACAGCGCAAGCACAGUGACGUCAUUCCUUAUCGCCUCCGAGGACUGCUUCCCGAUUUUAGAUAUCUCUGCCAUUCCAACUGGAUCGAGCCCCUACAUGCAGGUCGUGAUGCCGUAUAACUUCACCUUGGGGAUCCUCGACCACACAGUAUUCGACAUUCCGGCGAUCUGUAAGCCUAGCUCUCCUGUCGGAAAAUGAAACACUUGUAACAACUUAAAUACCGUAAUAGUUGAUGAAAAUAUUAUGACAGUGUUUGUGACCGGUAUAAUAAAUUGCUGCUUCUGAGCCCAAACUUUGAAUUAACCAAUGGCAAUUUUGUAUUUUGAGACUUAUCUCCGAGUACAGUUUAUAAUCUUAGAAUCUCGUUUAUCUGACCAUACUGAUGUAAUAUAUAGAGACAAAAUGCUAUGUGUCUGCCUUUAACUUGGUAACUUUUUGAAGACUUCAUAAAUAAAACAUGAACGAUA